GGCAGUCAGUCACCCUCACGGUCAUUGCUCUCAAAGUCAAAAUUAAACCUUAUGCUCAAACAAGUUGCUUCUAUCAAAAGCAGUCCAAAAGAUUCUUUUCCACCUUUAUUCCGGUAAGGCCAGUUUUGGAAAUGUUAAAGGGACACCCUUAUGGCUUUACAGGCCCAAUGUAACAGCUCCUCUAGCUCUGACCCAAUCUCUUAUGAAGAAGGAUCAGGUCCAUUGGCAGUCAUCAUUAUCCCAAGCUUGCUGGCUCUCAGCACCCUGAUCGUUGUGUCUCAGAUAAUAUGGAGCUUUAUUACCAAAAGAUCAUCAGCUCAGAUUAACACAGGCUCAUCUUCAAAUGUAAAUGAAGGAGAACCUGUACCUUUGGACACAGGCUUUGGGGACAUGCGGCCUGCACAGGAUGCUCUGGAUCCGUGGGAGAUGCCUGCUCAGUGCACUCUGGAGGGGGUGGAGCUGCUUCAGAUGGGACGUUAUGGGCCAAUCUGCAUGGGUCAGCUAAAACAAGACAGCACAUCCACUGCUGUAGUGAUUAAAACUCUUAAAGAAGGGUCUAAUCAACCGGAGGCAACGGAAUUUGUGGAUUUUGUCCUUUUCCACGUAGCAGUGAGCAAACAUGAGAAUAUAGUCAAGAUGUUAUACUGCCAGACACGCCGGAUGCCCAUGUACCUGGUUUUGGAGGCAAGCGUUCCAGGAAACCUCCUGCAUUUUCUCUGGAGUCUUCGAGAGGACAGAUGUGGUGCAAGUGACAACCUCCAGAUGUUUUCAGAGAGGUCUGUUUAUCUUGUAGCUAAACAGGUAGCAGCAGGACUGGACUAUUUACACUCCUACCACAGAAUUAUUCACGGGGAUGUUGCAGCCCGGAACAUGUUGAUUAGUUCAGGGCUCUCUGUGAAAGUCUCUGGAUUGGAUUUGGCUUUUAAGAGCCGACAGUCGAGAACGGUGGACAAAGAACAAGAAGCCAAUGUGCCGGUAAAAUGGAAGGCCCCUGAACGGAUGAUGAGGCUCCCCCUAACAGACAGAAGUGAUGUAUGGUCCUUUGGAAUCUUGCUUUAUGAGAUGAUAACUCUGGGGUCUCCUCCUUAUCCUGACCUGGAUCCACCUGAAGUGCUGCCAAACACUUUAGCCCAUUACCGAAUGAAAAGACCAGAAAACUGUGGAGUCCCAUUGUUUGACUUAAUAAAGUACUGCUGCAUGUGGAACUUCAAGGACCGGCCUGUGUAUUCUGCUAUUAUUCGGCUUCUAGACUCAUACAAAUACUUCGCUGACACAAAACCACUUUGCACUGGACAGAAAAUAGACAUCUGUGAAUACAGGAGGAAAGCAGGACUGCCUCCAUGAGAUCUAUUCAGUCAAAGAAACAUUUAAUUGAUCAUUUCUACAGUGCAUGAAAAUGGGACAAUUGAUUUAGUUCUAUUAAGACUGACAUCAACUAAUAAUAAUAAAGUCUAGCCUUGUCACAACGAGCAGAAUGUCACUAGAGGUCGCCCUAUUUCUCCAAACUGGAGAUUGGAUGCAUAGUGGUCAACUAAAAUUAAUCUCAGUGCUUCCAGCUAAAUUAAUGUUACUAAUUUAUAACUAAAAAUAUAAAAAGCUUUUUGAACCUUUGUCAUUUUACUGGUUUUUUUUUUUUUUUCACUUAAAGUGGUGGCUAAAGCUAUGUUAUUUAUCUAAAGUAUGGUGACCAUAUAGCCUCUUUUUCCCAUGUAUGUCCUGGCAGGUGAUUUCUAAAAUUCCAAAAGAUUCCAGGUUUUGGCUUUAUUUUCCUGCUGGCAUGCUGUGGACAUUUACAGACAUUAUAGACCCAGUCAUUUAAGGAAAUUUAGAAAUCCCAGCCAGGAAAUACACAAGAAAAAGAGGACAUACGGUCACCCUAUCUGGUGUAAUGGCAGAUUUAUUGUUAACAAUAGUGAGGGAGGGGUAUAAAAAUAGAAAUGAUAGGCCUACUCAUGUUCAAGUAUAUCUACUGUAUGCCAAAUUUUUACUCAAAGGUCAAAGUACCUAGUCAAUAAAUGUAUGCUUAAACUGAAAAUAAAAUCAGAAAUUUUAA